AUGUCUGGCGAAUUGUCCAAAAAAUUGAUUGCCCUCGAUGAUUGGGACAAGGAGCCUUGUCUAGAAAGAGAUGAUGGCAAGUCAACAAAGACUUUACAGAGAUGGGAUCAACCAGAACUGUCGUUAAAAUGUGUCUUCUCAAAAGAAAAAGAGUUGCUUGACUCUAAUAUAAUCCCUCUCGAAAAUAUGCACAUUCAAAACACACAAUCCACACAAUCCACAUCUCACUUACGAGAGGCGGAAGAAUCCGAAAAGGCAACAUUAGAGACCACUAGUCCAGACUCAAGCAAGGCAGCCACACCAUCUCAAAGUAUAGCUGGCUCUCAACAAAGUUCCCGAGAAUUGGACCUCUUGCCAAAAAAAACUUCUCUGAGAGAGGAAAAGAAGAAGGAUAUACCCUCUUCUUCUUCUAUAUCUUAUUCUUCACUUUUUUCUAGCGUACGUCUAGACAAUACUUACAGACCAAGUCAGAGCACAAAACCAAGACCAAAAACAAAAUCAGCAAUAACAGCCGAUAUAUUCGGAAGCGACAGUGAAGACGAGAGCCCAACCAGUAUAUUCCACUACUCGUUUUCUACAACUAAUAGUGACGCGUCUUCUGAAAACUCUGAGCCCAACAUCAACGGUCAAGCCACACCUUAUUCGACUAUUCCGAUAAAGCGCAAAGGAAAAGAAAGAGAUGACGGGCAGGGCAGUGUUCGCAAGUACCUAGCACAUGAGCACAAAUAUCGACAUCAGAACCAGCAUGAUAUUGGCAUUGGAAUUGGUCAGGUAGCAUCCAUCGACAUUACGUCUUGUUUUGAACCUCAAAAGCCAGAUUGGUCAAUUGCCCAGAAUUCUUCUGGGAGUAUACCAUUAUUGUCACCUAUCUCAAGUUCACACUCUAUCCGAACACUGAUACCCGUAGAAUUAGAAACCAAGCCUACGACGGGCUUUUCGGCUGGGAGAAACAUCGAUGAAUUCCUCUUUGCUAGAGGAAACCCUCCCAAAAAGAUAGGAAAACGCACUUAA